AUGGAUGCAGACAACAACAACACCACCACCAACAACAACAAAAACGACGACGACGACGAUUCGGAGGCUGGUGAAGAUUUAUCAGAUUCGGAAGACGAUUCGGACGAUGAUAUGGAUGAAGAUGAUGAUUCCGACGACGACGACGACGAUAACGACAUUGACGACACUUUGUUGGACGAAGUCAUGGCUUUAGAAAAUAAAGUAGAGGCGAGUAAAGGAAAGGAUUACGGCGCGCACGCAAAGCUUUUACUCAAACUUCGUCAAGCAAAAUUGAAGGAACGUUUAGAAGAGUCGAGAGUUGCGUUUGACCGAAAGUUCAAUUUGAGCGAAGAGCAGUGGUUGAGUUGGUUGGACGAUAAAACAAAAGAGUUGUAUGAGUGCGCGUCUGGGAAAAAGAGAAAAGAAAUGGAAGUGCGCGUUCAAGAGCUGUUUGAAAGAGCCACGGCCACGCUCCCAGCGAGCGUGCCGAUUUGGCUGAAAUACUUGUCUUUUUCGGUGGCGAAAACGAGCGAAGAUACGGAAGAGGACAGACGCCAAUUUUACGAGAGAAGCUGUAAGAUUGCAGCGAAGGACUAUAAACGAGGCGACGCGUUUUGGCUCGCGUAUAGAGCGUUCGAAUGCUCGCAAAAUGAUGAUUUCUCGCAAAAGAAGAAUCGCAUUCAAAUGGUGUCGACGCGAGCGCUGGAGACGCCUUUGGAAAAGUUGGACGAGUUGAAAGAAAAAAUAAUAGCUGGAGUAGAAAAUAGAGACGAGCUCAGCUCAUACACGAAAGCGUACGAGGUUGGGCGUAAACGGAGAGAUUUGAGGAAAGCGUUCGAGGACAAAAUAGAAGAAACCGCAAGCAAAAAUAUCACCACACAAAAAUCGGAUCCAAAAGCGAAUUUGCGCGCGUAUCGCUCAUACAUUGCGAUGGAGAAAACCUUGCACAAGAGAGAAAAGAACAAAGGCUUGAACGAGUCCGUCCAAUCACUAUACGAGCGAGCACUACUGAAAAACCCGUACGUGGUGUGCUUAUGGAUAGAGUAUGCGAUGGAAUUUUCUUCUUCUAAAAUUGAUAUUUUGCAUCGAGCACUCAGAGCGUGUCCGUCAUCGUUCGAGCUCUUAAUUGAACAGAUUGACUCUUCCGCAGAUGAUGGCGAUAUACAAACGGUAAAUGUUAGCGUGACAACUGAAGCCUUUGCGAAUCUCCUAGAAAACUCGAGCUUAAAAAGUUUCAAAGUGGCCAACGAUGUCGCUCUCGCGUUUUUGCGAGCGAAAUGGAAAGACAAAAAAUCAGACGAUACCAACAACUUGCUGAGCAACAUGCACGCAAUUUUAGUAGCACAAUUUCCGAACAGAAUACGCAUCGACCCAGAGAUGAAGUUAGCGAGAUAUUGGGCGCAACGCCACGCAAAUCCAGAGACGGUUUGGAAAUUUUUCCUCGUGGAAAAUGAAAAGAUCUAUGGCGAUUAUCUCGAGGCGCACUUGCAGCGCGCCAGAUAUUUUGAAUCGAGCGACCCACAACUGGCAAAUCGAGCGUACGAAUUCGCGUUCAGCAAGCGCAACAAACUCUCUCGAGCUGUGAAGGGUAGAGUGAAAGAUGAUACGAAAUUGUUGAUUACCCGGGACUUGUGCACUUCCUGGCGUAGUUUUCUGGAAACCUCUGAGGACUCCUUUCCGAGCUCGUACGAGAAGGUAAAAUCUGAGCUACAUUUGAUUGAUUUCGAAAAAGCGUGCGAACCUCCUGCCUCGGCUGAAGACAUCAAGCGCAUGCGCAGAGAAGGUCAGAUUGCGCGAAAACGCAACAACGAACAGGAAGACGGUGAAUUCGCCGCCGCCGACGAUGACGCCGAGGACAACGCUACGGAUGGUGAAAAGAAUAAACGGACCAAGACACGCGACGACUCGAAAAGCCACAUUCCAACGUCAUCUUUUGUUCCGCGAUCAGAGAAACCACGGGAAGAAGUUAUAAAAGAGCUAUAUCCCGACCGAGAUCAGCAAACGGCUUUCGUUAAGAAUCUUGAUUUUAGCAUAACGGAGGAGGAACUCGUCAAGUUUUUUGACAUCAAGGAAGAAGGGACGGUGAAAGCGAGAGUGAUAAAAGAUCGGCACACCGGUCGAUCCAAAGGUAUCGCUUACGUGGAUUUUGAGAGUGAACACAAUUUACUCGCUGCAAUCAUGCGCGAUGGUGAAGCGUUGAAAGGACGGGCGUUGAGUAUUGCCAAAUCUCGCCCGCCUCCCUCUUUUCCCGGUAGCGGUGGUAGAGGUGGUGGUAGAGGAAGAGGAAAUGCGCCUCCUUCUUCGGCUGGUCGCGGUGUAUUAGGCUUCGUACCGCGCGCGGUGAAGCAAAAGCCAAAGAAGGCGCUCGCUGAUUUGUAA